UACGUUUGCGAAAACUCGCUCGUGGAGAGGGAGAAGGAGUGAAAGUGGAUCAAUACGAGCGACCUGCCUGCUGCCGUACGCUGGAGUCUCCUUCCUAAAGUCGUACCAUGCGUUCCAUCAGAGAACGCUCGCGUGCCAUUUUCGACUGAAAGAAACAACAAAGUUAAUUGGCCACCAUUAAUGGCUCCUUAAUUACGUCGCUCAGUGAAUCCGUAUGUGACAUCGUUUCUAUUUGAAAAGAUAAGUGAAGCAAAUAUCGACCUUUCUGCGGUGUUUCGAGGCGCAUCGAGUUCCGCGAUCGACCGUAAUGAAUUGGAUUGACAUUCCAAGUAGACAUAUCGAAGGGACGCAUCGAAAAAACGUUUAGCUCGUCCAACUAAUAAUGUCAUGGCUUAGGCUCUUGCGAUGGACCAUUUUGGUACCACUCGUAUUAUACGUUUCUUUUUUAAUCAUCUGGUACAAGAAGAACGUACCUCUGAGAAGUUCGGGAUCCAUUUCGAAGCACGAUGACGGAGACAAGGAAGGUUCCGCGAUCGAGAGCCUCUUUCUUGAACUGGAGACGGCGACCGAAAAGAAGGUACGAAAUCGUUACGAGAACGUCGGGCUCGAUCGAAGGGACGAAGAGACUAUAAGGGAGGUAGAGGAAAUGGAGAAUCGCGAGGAUCCGAAAAGUUUGUUGGAGGACAUUUUUCGAAGGGCGGACGUAGACGAAAAUCAAUUGUUGGAUAUCCAAGAACUGGCCAAAUGGAUUCACACUAAGAUCACGGAACACAUUCGUCGCGCUGUACAAGAGAACGUCGGUCUCUUCACUGCCAUCGACAAUAAUCCGAGAAACGGCAAAGUUUCCUGGGAAGAAUAUCACGCGCACUUUUUACGAUCGCACGGUUUCCCAGAGAGUUACGUUAGGUCGCACGACAAGAGGCAUAAGGAGAUGUCAAGAACCUUGAAGGAGAGUAUCAUGAGAGACAGGGCGAGAUGGACGGACGCAGCGAGGAACGAUCCGGAAAAAUUGACCCUGGACGAGUUUUUGGCGUUUACUCAUCCGGAGAGCAGUCACGGGGCACUUUUGCAAAUGGUGGAAGAUCUUUUUGAGAAAUUUGAUCGCGACGGAGACGAGCAAUUGACGGAGGAUGAAUUUUCGGAUUUGCCGUCCGAAGGUGUCGGCCUGGAACUCAACGAGGAUCGGCAUCAAACGGUCGGAGGUAGCACCGAUAGGCGAAAGGAGUUCCGUUAUCUCAUCGAUAGAAAUAAAAACGGAAAGGCAGAUCGUACCGAACUCUUGAUGUAUAUUGAUCCACGGAAUCCAAGGCACGCGAUUCAAGAGGCCCAACAUUUGAUCAGCCUCUCGGAUAUAAAUCUCGAUGGGAAAUUAAAUCUCUCGGAGGUUUUGAGCAAGACCGAUCUCUUUUUGUGCAGUAAAAUGGUCGACACCGAGAAAAGUUUUCACGACGAGUUCUGAUUACCAUAAUUAAGCGAUAUACUAUGGACAACUAAGACAAUACUUUUUAAUUAGUCUCUGAGAACGUAUCUGUGAUAGUCUUCUCGACUUAGAAUAUCAUUUCAUUAAUAUCUUAAUUAUCUUAUUAAGAUAAUCUAUUACUAUAUAUAUAUAUAUAUAAAUAUAUUCUCGCGUUAUUAACAAGAAAAAAAGACUCACCGUGAAUAUCAACGAAUCGAGUAAUCUUAGCAUUAAUAUUUAACGUUAAGGAGUCGAUAAGUCCGUCCUUGUAUAAGUUUCCAUGUACAACAAUUUAGCGGUUCUCCGAUUCUACGAACUAUAACUAUCGUAGCGAAUACAAAACUACGAGAACGUUCGAGUUUGCGAUUUCGAAUGCACUUGUCGCUAUUAAAAAACGAAACGCUAACGAAAAAAAAAUGUUUUUUCCAGGAAGGUACAUGAAAAAGGAUAUACGUAGAAAGGUUCCUAUACCUUGUCACUACUUUUGUGUCUUUUUAUCGUAAUAAAAUCAUUUUUCUGAAAA